UCCACCAUUAACAGCUUCUCUGGUUCAGAAACAAAGAGGCCAGAGAGAACAAAGGGAGAAUAAACAAGACAUCCCAAAAUCACCCUUAGCUUUAAUUUCUCUCCCCAUUUGUUUCUCAAUGAACAUGAACACCACAAAAGCCUCUGUUUCCAAAGAACUCAACGCCAAACACACAAAGAUCUUAGAGGGGCUCCUCAAACUCCCCGAAAACAGAGAAUGCGCCGAUUGCCGGAGCAGGGCGCCGAGGUGGGCCAGCAUCAACCUCGGAAUCUUCAUAUGCAUGCAAUGCUCCGGCAUCCACCGGAGCCUGGGAGUGCACAUCUCCAAGGUGAGGUCCACCACACUGGAUACGUGGCUCCCCGAACAAGUCGCUUUCAUGCAAUGCAUGGGAAACGAGAAGGCUAACAGCUAUUGGGAAGCACUUCUGCCGGGAGAAACAGAGGAUAGAACCGACAUAGAAAGCUUCAUUCGAGCCAAGUACGAGGAUAAAAAAUGGGUUUCAGGAGAUUAUAAUGUUGUCAUUCCCCAAACUGCCCAUCAUAUUUUGGGUGAAAGAAGCCCAUCAUCAGACUGUAGAGAAGAUGGUGGUGGGGGUAGAAUUGGAAUCCCGAGAAAAGCGAGGAAGUAUUCCCUGGAGGAGGAUAUUUUUGACCCAAACAAGGCUCAAGCUUCUUCUUCUACGACAACAACAACGAGACCUCGCUGGGCUUCUGUAGACAUGACGACGGACAACAUAAGCGUUGUUGAACCUCCGGCGAAUGAUAACGGCGGCGGUGACCGGCAACCGGCGAGAAAGAGUGAGACGGCGAAGGAUCUUUUCAGUUUGCUCUAUGCCCCAGAGGUUAAACAAGACCGGGUAGUUGUUCCUCCAUCUAGGUGGGCUACAUUUGACUGAGGUGCUUUAAUAUAGCUGCGCUCGUUAAAAGAAGGAACUUUGGGAGUUGUGCUCUUGUAUUAGAACUUAAUGGUGAAAUUUAAAAUCUCCAAGAAACAAAUUUUAUUGACCAAUUUUAGGGAUAUUUAUAGAUAUUUUAACUUUUGAUUAUGCCCGUUAUAUGUGAGUGAAAGCUUGGACUUGUUCAACCCAUUUUUUUAGGAGAAUAAAGAUACGUGUAUGAGUGGUUUAUGCCAUACACAUAUUCACCUGCUAUUUGCUUGUUUUCAUCCGUAUUUGCAGGCUUCGUGGAGUCUUAAUAGGAGCAGUUAGUUAUUUCCAUUUCAUCUAUAAAUUUGAUGUAUUAUCAGUCCGUAAUAUAUACAUAUUUUCCUGCAAAACUAUCAGUUAAAAUUCAAUCCAUCUUGAGUGAACACACCAUGUGUUUGAUAUUAUUUCUUCAGUAUGUUAUUCAUAUACUUUGCUAAUUUUAUAUCCCCUGUUCAGUAAACCAACAUUUGGUAUCAGAGCCACAGGAGAGAAAUGUCUGUACCAGGUCAGAACAAGAACGGAAUGACACUCCAGUACCCGAUGCUCACACGGAGCAAUUAUCCAGCAUGGGCCUUGAAGAUGCGGGUAAACUUGAAGGCUCAAGGUGUGUGGGAUGUCAUUGAAACUAGAGCCACCGAUGAACGAAAAAACAUGACUGCUCUUGCUCUAAUCUAUCAAGCAAUCCCUGAAGACAUUCUUCUCAUGUUGGCUGACAAGGACUCUGCUAAGGAAGCGUGGGAGGCGCUGAAAACAAUGCAUAUUGGCGACGAACGAGUCAAGGAAGCAAAAGUGCAGACCUUGAGGAGUGAGUUCGAGGCACUCUCUAUGAAAGAAGGUGAGUCGGUGGAUGACUUUGCCAUGAAACUGACAAAAAUUGUCAACGGCAUCCGGACAUUGGGUGACACGAUUGAGGAAACAUCUGUUGUUAAGAAAUUUCUUCGGGCCGUCCCGCCACAAUUUCUGCAGAUUGUUUCAUCGAUUGAACAGUUUGGAGAUCUCAAGACCAUGACUAUGGAGGAGGUGACAGGUCGUCUGAAGCUUUAUGAGGAGAGAACCCGGGGCAGCAGCGAAAAGAAUGAGGAAAAUCUAUUGCUCACAUACUCAGAAUGGAUGAUGCGACAGAAGGGGAGUAACAACGACGACGAGAAAAGAAAUGGUGAGAGUAGCAAUAACAAUCGUGGUCAGGGACGUGGUAGAGGUGGACGACCUUACACUGGAGAACGGAGUCGUAAUAGUGGCAGCAGCCGCGACAAAAGCAAGAUUAAGUGCUUUAAUUGCGAUAUAUACGGACACUAUGCCUCUGAGUGUCGUAAACCGCGUCGAAGUCGAGAUGAUGAGGUCCAUUUCACACAGACCCAAGAUGAGGAACCAGCCUUGUUGCUAUCUGAACAGGAAAAAAGGACGAGUGAUAUGGUUUUACUAAAUGAAGGAAAGGUUGUACCAAAGCUGCGAGAUGGUGCAACCAGCCACGGCGAAUCUGAUGUAUGGUACCUUGACAAUGGGGCCAGUAAUCACAUGACGGGUCAACGAUCAAAGUUCAAAGAUCUCGAUGAGAGCGUUCAAGGACACGUGAAGUUUGGCGAUGGUUCCACUGUGCAGAUCUUGGGAAAAGGAUCAAUACUACUGAAAUGCAAGAAUGGUGAGCACCGAUUACUGACUGAUGUAUAUUACAUACCAAGCUUGUGUAGUAAUAUUAUUAGUCUUGGCCAAUUAUCGGAGGAUGGAAAUAAGAUUGUGCUGCACGGAACAUUCUUGUGGAUACAUGAUAGGUUCGGAAAGCUUCUUAUGAAGGUGAAAAGAACACAAAAUCGUCUCUAUAAGGUGUUGCUUGAAACAACACAACCAGUAUGCCUAACUGCAAGCACCCAUGAUCUGUCAUGGCUCUGGCAUACACGACUGGGGCAUGUGAACUUCCAAGCACUGAAAGAAAUGAAUGAAAAGGGGAUGGUACGAGGUUUGCCUAACAUUACACACCCUACACAACUAUGUGAAGGCUGUGUGAUUGCUAAGCACGGAAGGGCACCCUUUCCAGGUCAAACAACCUUUCGGGCGGAUCAACCAUUGCAGCUGAUUCAUGCAGAUUUGUGUGGCCCGAUAACCCCACAAACACAAGCUGGGAAUAGGUAUUUUCUCCUUCUUGUUGAUGAUUACAGUAGGAUGAUGUGGGUAUACAUGCUCAAACAAAAGAAUGAUGCCUUUUCUGCCUUUAGGAAGUAUAAGGCUUUGGUUGAAAACCAAACUGGAUACAAUAUGAAGAUUUUAAGGACUGACCGAGGAGGGGAAUUCCAGUCAAAGGAAUUUACAUCAUUCUGUGAAAAGGAGGGAAUCGAGAGACAUCUCACGGCACCAUAUACACCACAACAAAAUGGUGUCGUGGAACGCAGGAAUCGUACUGUGGUGGCAAUGGCUAGGAGCCUUUUGAAAACUAUGCAGCUACCUGGAGAAUUAUGGGGGGAGGCAGUAAGGCAUGCUGUGUACAUCUUGAACCGUGUGUCGACUAAAUCACUCACGGAUACUACUCCCCAUGAGAUGUGGACUGGAAGGAAGCCAAAUUUGGAACACCUAAGGGUGUUCGGUUGCAUCGCUCACAUGAAGCAAUCUGGUGUGCACAUUAAAAAGCUAGAUGAUCGUAGUAAAAUCGUGGUAUACCUUGGCGUGGAGGAAGGUUGUAAAGCAUACCGUCUUUUCAAUCCUCAUGAUGGUAAGCUUUACAUUAGUAGGGAUGUUAUUUUCGAAGAAGAUAAAAAGUGGGACUGGUAUAGUGAUGGUGAAACGAAUGAUAAAAAAACUAUGGAAUUCACAAUUCUUCCACACGAGGGAGGCAUAGUCGAGCCAGAUUAUCCACCAACAGACUUCACAACAGUUCAGGAACAAGAGAGCUCAAGCAGUGAAUCAGAAGAUGGUGGUCCCAGAAGGUUCCGUUCUCUUGCUGAGAUAUACGCAGAUGCACCUGAAGCAGAUAUGGAUGCUAAUGAGUUGAUGUUAGUUGCCAUUGAGGAGCCAACUUGUUACCGAGAGGCAGUAACUGAAAAGGAGUGGCAAGAUGCUAUGGAAAGAGAAAUGGAGGCUAUUGAAAAAAAUAAGACCUGGACACUGACUGAUUUACCAUCUGGACACAAACCUAUUGGAUUGAAGUGGGUGUUUAAACUGAAAAAGGAUAGUGAAGGGAAUGUUAUCAAGCAUAAAGCCAGACUUGUAGCAAAGGGAUAUGUGCAACGUCGGGGAAUUGAUUUUGAAGAAGUUUUCGCACCAGUGGCAAGACUUGACACUAUAAGGAUGUUGAUUGCUCUUGCAGCCCAUCGUGAGUGGAAAAUUCACCAUCUGGAUGUCAAGUCAGCGUUUCUUAAUGGUGACCUUCAAGAAGAAGUAUAUGUUUCUCAACCAGAAGGGUUUUGUGUAAAAAACGAGGAACAUAAGGUAUAUAAGUUGUCCAAAGCCCUCUACGGUUUACGUCAAGCACCAAGGGCAUGGAAUACACGCCUUGACAGAAGUAUGAAGAGUCUCGGGUUCGUGAAGUGUUCUCAGGAGCAAGCUGUAUACACAAAAAUUUAUGAGGAAGAAAUUCUAGUUGUUGGUGUGUACGUGGAUGACCUGAUUAUAACCGGAACAAGCCUGGACUGUAUAGAGAGAUUCAAAAUGCAAAUGAUGAAAGAAUUUGAAAUGAGUGACCUUGGGUUACUUUCAUAUUAUCUUGGCAUUGAGGUAGACCAGAAGAAAGGCUGCAUUACCCUGAAACAGUCUGCCUAUGCAAGAAGGGUUUUACAACAAUUCGGGAUGGAAGACUGCAACUCAAGCAAAUGUCCCAUGGAAGCAAGGCAGCAGCUUGGAAUAGAUGUUGGGGGAGUUCAUGUGGAUCCUACCGAGUAUAGAAGCCUCAUCGGGAACCUAAGGUAUUUAACUCAUACUCGGCCAGAUAUUUCAUAUGCAGUUGGAAUCAUAAGCAGGUACAUGGAGAAGCCUACCACAGUUCAUCAGGUGGCGGCUAAACGUAUUCUUCGCUACGUGAAGGGGACAAUUAACUAUGGAAUUCAAUAUGAGAGAGGGCAAGGCGUUGAAGAACUAGUGGGUUUCACUGACAGUGAUCUGGCCAGCGAUGUUGACGACAGGAAAAGCACCGGAGGAAUGGCAUUUUAUCUCAAUGGAAACCUGAUCACUUGGCAAUCGCAGAAGCAACAAACUGUGGCCCUAUCUUCUUGUGAGGCUGAGUAUAUGGCAGCAACUCUAGCAUCGUGCCAAGCUCUGUGGCUAAGAAAUUUAUUGAGUGAACUAACUGGGAGGAAGCCUAAACCAGUAACUCUCUACAUUGAUAACAAAUCUGCAAUUGCAUUGAUAAAGAACCCGGUAUUUCACAAACGCAGCAAGCACAUUGACACUCGCUUUCACUUUAUAAGAGAGUGUGUUGAGAAGGGGCAAAUGGUUGUGGAGUUCAUCUCGACCAAAGAGCAGCGUGCAGACAUUCUUACAAAGGCCUUAGCAAGGAUAAGGUUUGCUGAAAUGCGGGACUUACUUGGAGUGAAGAAUCUUGAACAAAGUCAAGCUUACGGGGGGGAAUGUGAGUGAAAGCUUGGACUUGUUCAACCCAUUUUUUUAGGAGAAUAAAGAUACGUGUAUGAGUGGUUUAUGCCAUACACAUAUUCACCUGCUAUUUGCUUGUUUUCAUCCGUAUUUGCAGGCUUCGUGGAGUCUUAAUAGGAGCAGUUAGUUAUUUCCAUUUCAUCUAUAAAUUUGAUGUAUUAUCAGUCCGUAAUAUAUACA